AUGGUUUCAGAGAGACCAGGCAAGGCAUAUGGCGCAGAGAUUGUCGGUGACUUGAUUCCAAAACAUGAAAAUAUGCCUCCAAUACUAUCGGUCGAUGAUGCGAUGGCAAAGCUCUUCAAAGCGGCAGAGACGAUAAAGCUACGAGGAAAUAUAAAGCCACAUGAAGAAAAACGCAUACGAGGAGCGUUUGCCUUGCUCGCUGGGGAACGCAAGCCCGUACCCAGUACGAAAACGGGAGAGCGACGGGACACAUUUCGGGAUUUCUUAAUGAAGUUGAACGAUCAUGAUUGUGGACCACAGUUUGUCAUGCUCUGCGUGGUUGGCCUUGGCCAAUCGGUGAUCGCAUCGAUGAAAGAAGCAAUCCGCCUCCGUUUGCCGCUCGAAAUAAAAGACCACGAGCGCACUCUAACAGGCCCCGUCUUGCAGCACCUUACUGAGGAAUGUCUCAAGAAAAAGAGUGAAGCACCAGUUGCGGACCUGCAAUACCGAACGGAGCUUCAGCAACCUUCGAAGUCUCUAGGGGGAGGUGCUCCGCUAGGUUCUGGGCAAACGGACUUCAUCUCCGACGUCCUACAGAUAGAGAGGCAGAGUCAAACAGGUCUACUUUCUGGGCGUCUCUUUGAAUUGACUUUGCAAGAUGUUCAGGCUAUUCUUUCGUCUGACCAGGUUGGAAGUAAGGUGUGGCUAACAGAAACGUAUGGCAACCAGUCGUUACCAACCAUAACACUGACUAUCUCGCAAGAACUGUGUAUAUAUUUCAGUGCACAGCGCCAUCAAGUAUUCCUUCAAUAA